UCAAUGGUUGUUCGUCGUCGCGCUUAGUCGGAUCUCUGGUUUGUGGUGGCACUGUUUUGCAGUACCAGUGAUAGAAGGAAACUGCCUGUGUUCGGUCGACUGACAGUCGCUUUCGUUCUGUGUGCGAUCCGUGCUUCCCGCCAGUUAGAGUUGUCUGUGAUAUUUCUUCGGUUCCGGAGUAGAGACAUUUUUAGUAGCGAAUGAUUCGGUCGGACAGAACAAACUGCGAAAUUCUACGUAAGUGUGUUCUCAUGCCAGAAAAACAUAUUCCUGAACGCAAAAUUACUCGAAAACAUCUGUGAUAUAACGCAACAGUGUGUGAAGAGAAGAAGCGAAGGCAAAACAACGGCCGACAAUUGCCCUCGACCAAGAUAAGUGCAGUGCAACUAAUCCCCGGGAUUCGCGUAUCGACGGCGGCGAUGUACAGCGAUAAGGCUCUACCGAUAUACGGUGGAAGUGGCAGUGAAAAUAAUAAAUGUUUAUCUUACCCCGUGCUUCCGAGACAUUCCCACCAACAGCAGCAGCAGCAACAGCAACAACAGCAGUUGUUAUCCACGCAUCCGGCCGUGAUGGUUUCGCAGCAUUGUUCGAUUGCUUCCAUGAAUCCCAUCGUCAAAAGUCACUACGCGCCUACUGCGUCGCCUGAGUUUUCCAUUUUCGGUACCAAAACCAUGGUGACGGACGUCGGUAUUUGCUUCAGCAUGAGCAACGUCAAUCUGAACGGUGACUAUCCGCCUUAUCUGGGUCACCCGUCGUUGUCGGCGCUCGGCAAGGGAUAUAACUACGACACGACUUGGCCGGUCAGUUCUUCUAGCACCGCGGCGGCCACCCUGGCCAAAUAUCGUUCGACGACUCCGGCAUUCCACAGACCGCGCAACCGCAGUCCACCCAUCGGCAGUGCUUCCUCGCGUUCGCCACAAACAAACGCUCCCUAUCCGGUCCCAUACAACGACUAUUAUUUCGCUCAUCCCAAAAUUCCGAUUAAAAUCUACAACAAUCAUAACCACCACCUGUACCACCACACCGAUCCGAGUCCUUCGGCCAGUUCGACGCCGUCGGUCGCGAUCGCAACUGCGUACGGUCAACAGAUGAACAACUACCUAACCUAUCCGUCUUCCGGUGCUGACCGGAAUAAAUUCCUGGUUGCCGAUGGUACCGAACAGCACCAAAACGCCAGAAGAACGUUUCUCGACAGUCAGUGCUACGAUAUCUGUAUGACCAAGUGCCGAGACCGAAUGCAAACCGCUGCGACGGAACCUCCAACCGCCGACAGUCCGCUCGAUGUCGUCGAAGACGACGAUCCGGCCAGUGACGAAAGUUCCGACCGGACAACUGAUAACGACUGUGAACGACGGCGGCGGCCGGUCGCGUGUGUUGAUAAACCGAAGGAUUUUAGCCUGAAGCGACGAACCGACGAACCGGACGAUUACUCACCGGAGGAGGAAAUGCUGUUCAACGGGGACGAGCUGAUGAUCGACGAUGGCAGCCAACCGACUUCGGUGGCUCCGAAGAAGAAAUGGAUACGGCACUAUCUGAAGGACGAUCCCCUCGUAAACGGACAUUCCACAGCACCACCGCUCGUUGUGAUAUCGACCAAUGGUAGUAACGGUAGCAGUAGUACCAACAGUACCAUUAGCAGCAGCAGUAGCCAUCAGAAACACCAUCCCGCCUCUUCCCUCACGAUUGAUCUCUCGACCAAGAGCAGCAGUAUCGGUGCCGGCGGUCAUCACCUGUCCAGUACACCACCGUCGUCGGGCUGUUCGUCGUCGUCGUCGUCCACGCUUACGAUCUCGCCGGUAGACGAUUCACAGUCUUCGCUGAAUCUAAGCAACGGUUCCAGUGGAUACAUCACCAGCAGUAGUGCCAACACUUCCAGUUCACUGAAUCUCAGUGGCAGCAACAGCGGGUCCUCUCCGCUGCCGAUCACCAUCAACGGUAACGGUAGUGUCAUCACUUCUUCCCAUGGAUCCGAUUCACCUUCGCUGCCGCAUGAUCUCGUAAUUGUUCAGCAACAACAACAACAGCAGCAUUUGGUCCAGUCCGGUCAACUUGGACUGACCAAUACCGGCACACUGCUUGGUCAAAUUCCGACCGGUGGCCGACGAAGAACAACCAGUUCUAAUAGCAACGGAGUUGGUACCCGAGAGGUUCACAACAAACUGGAGAAGAACCGGAGAGCCCACCUGAAAGAGUGCUUCGAGCAGCUGAAAAAGCAACUUACGCUUCAACCGGAUGAAAAGAAAACGUCCAAUCUGUCGAUAUUGCACGCUGCCAUCCGACACAUUCAGCUGCUCAAACGUAAAGAACGUGACUACGAGCACGACAUGGAACGGCUGGCGAAGGAAAAAAUCGCUGCCCAAAACCGAAUACUGCUGCUCAAACGGGAGCUGUCCCAGUGGGGCGACGUGGACUUUUCCCGGCUCGCCACCGACACUGAGGUCAUCAUCCCCGGCAGCAAUGGUGUGCAAUCGGAUAGAGAUCUAUUGAAUGAUCCCCCGGGCAUUGCUCCAGGCCGUAAUGGGAUUCGAUACAGUUCGUCUAGUUCUCUGUCCAGUGUUGCCACCACGGCGUCGUUAGGCAAUCUACCGCUUCAAACGACAAUCUCGCCAGUAGUGAUGUCCGGUUCAUCACCGCUCCGUGCCAGUCCACCGGUUUCGAUCAGAAGCACCAACUCUCCGGCCGCUCUACCGUUGUCCCUCACCACCAAGGGUUCUCCGAAUGUAUCGGUCGUCACCACCGAGACGCACAACGGAAGCCCGUCGCCGCUGAAGUUCACCGCGGGCAGCCUGCCGAAUGGGAUUAACCUGAGCACUGCCAACAGCAUCAUCAGCAGCAACGGCAGCAGCAGCAGCAGCAGUAGUAGUGUUUCGAACAGCACCUUCAACGCCAGUACCGCCGGAAAUAUUGGCAGUGGCUUCAGUGGAACUACGACCUCCGCUGCAUUACCGUUGAUCGUUGGUGGUAACAACCUAGCCGCGUUUAGUCAAUCUCAACUAUUUACACCGGUCACGGCAACGAUCCUGACGAGCGGUGGGGGCACCUCAAUCCAGUCGCUACCACUGAAUCUGAACGUGACUUCAACCGUGACAAACGGUUCCUCUCAGAGUCAUCACACUCCGAUCAAUUCGGUGAACGGAGUAUCCAGUUCUUCCCCCAGUUUGCAAAUCAUCGGUACGACCAGCAACGGUACCACGAUUCCGGCCGGACUGGUCAGUACAUCCACCGGAAAGGAGCUGAUCAAUGGCACCAUGCUGCCGAAGAACGGAUUCCGCACCGACGGCAAUAAGAUAGAAAUUAUUGCCACCCCGUCCAGCGGUGGUAGUUCGCAGCUUGAUCCACCCGCAACCAAAGUGAUCAAGCUGGUUAAUGGAAAUACCAUUGUUGGACUGACCUCCGUUGAUAAGGUUGUCCAACAAGGUGGCAUCGUGGUUAGUCCAAUCCAGUUGCUGACGUCAACCCAGGGUCUUCGGGUUAUCCAGCAGUCACCGAAUGGUCUGGCCACCAUCGAACUCAGUACUCCCACGAAUGUGCAGUCGCAAUCAAAUCCAACCCUACGAACAACCAUCGGUGGUAAUGGGAGUUUUAACGGCACCAACAGCAGUACCACCAGCUCAUUGCAUUUAUCCAGUCAUCCAUCGAGCCAACCAAGCCAAACUUCAUCCCACCAGCAGCUCCAGCAGCAACCGAUACAGCAAAUGACGGGAGCUCAGCUGCAUAAACUCCUGCUCAGUUCUACCACCACCAACGGGCUGAACGGUUACGGUACCAACGGCACCAGCAUUGUUUCGAAUGCUGCAUUUCCCAACGGCCCAGCACCCAACAGCGCCACCAACACCACCAUAACUCCCGAGUUAGCUCGUCUUCCCGGUGGAGCAGAACUGAACAUCUUGCCAGCCGGUACGAAUAGUACCACUGCACUGCCACUGUACCGAACCACCGGUCAGCCGGGCAAGCUGGCAUUUGUGAAUGCAAUCUCCACUGGCAACGGUGGCAAUCUGACGUUGAAAGGUACCGAAUGCACAACAUCCAGUACCGGUCGAACGGCCGUCCACGUGGUCACACCGAUUCAAACCAGUUCCGGUCAGCUGUCCGGUCUGACACCGGUGGUUGUGUCCCGGUACGAUCAUAGCGCCAAUCUUCCGGCACUGUUCACCACAGCCUCCGGACCGCAAACAUCUGCCCAGCUGGGAAAGGUGGUAAAAACUGUAGGACAGUCACCGGGUGGUCUACCGUUGAUCGCUGCCACCCCGAAUGCUCAGUAUCUGAACACCGUUCUUAAGCCCACGGUAACAACCGCCAUGAUGGUUUCGGUCGGUUCCAGCAACACCAACAACAGCAACAGCAACAACAGUAGCAGCAGUUUUCCGUCGCCAUCGGUAGUCACCGGUAGCAGCGAAACCCGAGCCAAUCUCGUUCUUUUGAACAGCAAUAACCAGGGCCAAUCGCUACUGUCCUCACCAACGUCAUCCACGGUAACGAUGACGACGAUGACUCCCACCGCUGAGGUCACAGCAAUUGGAAAUUAGUGCCAGCAACAACAAAAAAUAAAAACAAACAUUAUUAGCAGACAGUCUGCCACAUCCAAGCAGGCCUCGACCAACAGGUUUCGAGUGGAAGUGCAGUGAAAUGUACAGAAAGACCAGAAUGUGAGUGAGUGAUGAAAGAGCGCGCGCGAGAGAGAUAGAGAAACAAUGAGACAGCACACUCCCAGAUGGAUGGAGAGGAAACAGAAAUUCAAUUACUAUACCGUGUGGACCCAAGUUUUCUAAAAGUAGGGCGAAAAAAGGUCUAACAAAGAAAUGAGAAGAAAAAACACAAUUUUGGAGAUGUAAACUAGUACUAAUACUAUAUCAUUACCCAAAAAAUACCACGUAGAAACAAUAAAAAAAAACUGUAUUUAAUUUAUAAUUUCUGAAAAUUAACUGUAGCUCAAUUUUAUUUUUUUAUUCAAGUUUUUUAAACAACAAACGAUACAAAUCAAAACGGAACCACACAACAAUUAAAGAAGAAAAAAAAAGUAUGUCUGUAAAUUUGUAGACCACAAAUUAAGUGCAGAAAUAAAGCAAAAGUUUGUAAAACUAAACAAUCUACAAUUUAUCAAAAUAAGACACAUACAUUGAACUAUAAGCAAAAACAAAACCAGACACUAAGUAGAAACGAAACCCAACAAUAUUUUACUGUAAAAAGUAAAGCAAAUAAGCUGUAUUUGUAUGCGCCAGGGAGAUACAAAAAAAAGUCAAAUAUCCAUUCUUUCCUGCUCUAGCAGUCGCUUGAUGAAUACAAAAUAAUAAUAAUGAAAACGAAAAAAAAAAUACGCGAAGACAGCAGAAAAAAAAGCACAUAAAAACAUAAAAGUAAAUGCUGAAAUUAAGCGAAUGGAUUUAAUCCUGAACAGUGUAGAAAAAAAAACAAAAAAAAAAUCCGUGUCUCCCCCGAGGGGGAAACAUGAUGUACAGUAUUUAAUAUGAUAAAAAGGAAUAAUCGUAAACGUAAACGUUUGAACUGUGGUCCAGAGUCGACUUCGGCAUUGCAUGCAAUCAGAGAACGUAGAGAAAACGUAGCGCAGGUUUACUCAAGAGCAUACCGCAAACUCAUGUGUGCGCACGGUACAAAUUAAUCAAAGAGUGUGUGUGUGCGUGUACGUGUGCUGAUAAUGGAAGCAACAAAACUCUGAAUACAAAAAAUAAAUAAAACAUGCUAUCGACCGAAGGAAGAAAUAUGCAAACGUACAACACUCACCGGAAAGAAAAGGUGAGUGUGGGUUAAACAAAAAAAAACACUCAAGUGAGAAAUUGACUAGGAAUAACUUAUAAAUGGAAAUGAUAUCGAAAAAAAAGAACAAAAUAAAAGUGUACCUAUUUAAAAAAUA